UCACCGCCUUGGCCAGCUUCCCUUCGCGGCUUUUCCCUAUCGGGGCGAAUCCACAACCGACUCACUUAUGAACUUCAUCACCUGCUCGCAUCCUCCACCCUCCCCUACUACUACUCUUUUCUCCUCUCUUCCUUUGGUCUUCCUCUCGUAAUAGCGCUUACCGUCGGCCUCUAUUGCUUUUCAGCACGUCUCUUACUCUAUUCUUUUGAGUCUUUGCUCUUGCGGUCUUCAAUAACUAUCUCCCAGCCCCAUAUUCUUGCCCACCAUGUCCGGUGAAGCCUGGCUCUAUCUGUUGGCGGUGUUGAUCAACGCCGUCAACUUAUUUCUUCAAGUCUUCUUCACGAUUAUGUACAGCGACUUGGAAUGCGACUACAUUAACCCGAUUGACCUCUGCAACCGUCUCAACGCUUAUAUUAUCCCCGAAGCUGCUGUCCAUGCAUUCCUUACCAUCCUCUUCGUCAUCAAUGGCUACUGGGUCGCUAUUGUACUCAACUUGCCUCUGUUGGCGUUCAAUGCCAAGAAGAUCUACGAGAACCAGCACUUAUUGGAUGCGACCGAGAUCUUCCGCAAGCUCAACGUGCACAAGAAGGAAUCCUUCAUCAAGCUGGGCUUCCACUUGAUCAUGUUCUUCUUCUACCUCUACAGCAUGAUCGUUGCUCUUAUCCGCGACGAGUCGCACUGAAUUCGCAACAAGGCGGACCACGCGAUGCGCAACGGCCGCCCUGGCUAAUGUAUCGCGGGGCGUCAAGCCUUGUCCUUUCGUUGAAACGGCCUGGAUGAAGCAUGGUUCUGCAAGUAUCAACCUCGCUGCUGCAUUCCGAUUGGGUUGAAUUCGCUACACUGCAGAUAUCCGCUGGGAUGCAUUCGAUGCGACCGGGCGCCUGCA